CGUCCACAUCCUCCCCACGCCGCGCAGCACCGCUCCCGCCGCAGCGGCAGCCGCCGCCCGCCCUCCGCCGCCGGCCUUGCGCCUCGCCUCACGACCCACAGCGCCUCGGCCGCCUGCCUCACGACCCUCACGCUCCGCUCACGACCCUCACGACUCGCACGACCCUGACGCCUUCCCUUCUUCAUCCCUCGACGACCAUCGCUUGACUGCCGCGCGCUGCACCCGCCGCCCAGCCACAUCUGCUGCAGUGCCAUGUCCUCGCGCGGCGGCACGCCGGCGCAGGCGGCCUGGCACGCCCACGCCGACGACGACGGCUACUCGGAGCGCGACCUCGGCGACUACGCCCGCGCCGCCGCGCCGUACUACGCCCCGGCGUCGGCGCCACACGGCCGCUACUCGCUGCCGCCGCUGCACGCCGAGCACGCCGGCUACUACGCCGCACCGGCGCCGCAGCGCGCCACGUCGCUCGAGGUCGGCAGCGUCUACGGCUCCGAGCCGUGCGCGGCGCCCGCGUCGCAGUACUCGCGCUCCUCGGCCGGCCAUGCGCCGUGGGGCGCCGGGGCGCCGAUGCACGCCGCGCCUUCGCCGCCGCCGUGGCAGUCGCCGGAGCAGGCCUACUGGUACGCCGGCGCGCCGCCGUCCGUGGCGUCGCGCUCCAGCGGCGCGUAUGCCCGCGCGCUGCCGCUCUCGCCGCCGCCGAUGGGCGAGUAUGAUGCGGAAGAGGGCGGCCCGGGCUUCUUCGGCGUCGAAGCGGCUCAUCAUUUGCCUGGACGACGCGGUGGUGGCGGACAGCGGGACGAGUACGCACGGCCGACUGACGAGCUGCCGGCCUUUCCACCAUGGAGUAGGAGCUGGUAUGCUGGACACCUCUCUGCCGACGGUCACGCCUAUACAACGGUGCCGCCGCCAGGCUCGGGCUGGGAGUCCGAGACGAUGACUCGCUCUGGCGCCUCGAGGGCACACGCACCGUACGGUCACCCCUAUGGCCGGCCGCCAGGCGCCGGUGAGGCCGAGUACGUCAAGGAGGAGCGCAUGCGCAUGCUCGAAAAGGAGUUUGGCGCGCCGCGCAUCAGCCACGGCGGUCGCGGUGACGACGAGGAGCUCGACGAGGGCGAGGAGGACGAGCUGGUGCUCGGCAGCGUCGAUGCCAAGGGCCGCCUGAUCACCGAGCGGCCGCGCGUGGUGCUGUGGCUGCGCAUCUUUCUCGGCCUCGCUGCCGUCGCUGCGCUGGCGUGCGGUCUGGGCGGUGCCUUGCUCAUCAAGACCGUCGGACCGCCGCCUGCUGCAAAGGGCACGAUCGCUGCCUACGUGCUCUACAUUGCCAGCGCCCUCACCGUCGUGGUGCUGCUCUACGUCUAUGUGCUGCGGCCGUGCUGCUGCGACCCGCGCCGCAAGGUGGCCGCGGGUGACGCAUCUGCCGGGCUCGGCGGGCUCGUCAUUCCCGUGCUCUCCGGUGGCGCAGGCGGCAAGGCGGGCAAGCCGCCAAAGGGCUUCAAAGGCAUGAAGGGCAUGAAGGGUAUGAAGGGCGGCAUGGGCGCAGGGCCGACGGUCAACCUCGUCAUCGAUCCGACGCUGCUCGCACGCGGCCGCGGCGACUCGGACUCCGAGGAUGAGGAGGAGCACCUGCCCGGUGGUGCUCGGCGCAAGCGUCGCAAGCGCCGCUCGCCGCUCGGCAUGCUGGGCAACAUGCAGCUGCAGGCACGCUGGCGCGUCGCACGCGCGACGGUCAAGCUGCAGACGACGUGGGAUGCGGUGCUGCUCGUGCUCUGGAUCGGCGCCGUCGUCGUGGCGCUCGGCAUGGGCAAGAAGUGUCCGGCCGGCAGCAGCGGCGGCUGGUGCGACUUCUACAAUGCUGCCAUCGCGUGCGGCGUGCUCGUCGCCGCCACCCUUGUCGUGCUGCUCUACUUCGACUACCGCGAUCUCCGCAUCUCGCGCACGCCGCCAAAGGCGCCGCUCUAGACCCGCUCUGCUGCUGCCGAUCGUCCCGUGCCCUGUCUCCGCAUCAUCAUUCCUCGGACCCCCGACACUCCACUCAUAUUCCCAGCUGCUUGCAUCUCGGCGCGUGACCCAAUACAUCGCUUUACUGCUA